AUUUGGUUGUGUGUGGUUGCGUGGAUUCAAUUGAGUUUUUGUGUCGCAGUUUGGCUCCCGGUUUCCGGACACUACAUGGCAUCCUUUGUCAGAGUGUGCGUGGCUUUGCUUUGUGUUGGGGCAGACACUCGAGAAAAUGAUGUGGUCUUCGCGGAGGUGAAACAAAUUGAUUUCAAAACAACACAACCAAAGACUUGGUGUGGCUUCCGGGACUUGGAUGGAGUGUCAUCGGCUGAACCUUUGCUGAUCAAAUCAGCAGAAAAAUUUUCGUUCCAUUGGGAUUCCGUUCUGCCAGAGGACGAAAUCGUCAGUGUCGAGCUUUCCAACUCCUUCACAUUCAAACCGUAUGCAAAUUUGCACCAAACAUCCCUUCCAGUGACAUGGGCUGUUGCCAAGAAGAUCCUCAAAGGCGAACAUCCAGUGAGCAGGACUUUUGCAUCGUAUAUCCAUCAGCAAUCCUUGCUUUCUCCAUUGGACCCGUUUUUGUCUGAAAUAGCAAGGCACCUGCCGCAAUGUUUUUCUGAGAUUGUUGCGCACAAAGUGCUAUUUUGGUUGGGUGGCUCGACCAACCACACGUCUGGUUUGCAUUAUGAUGCCGUUGACAACCUGUACGUCAUGCUGGAAGGGUCAAAAGAAGUCUUGUCCAAGCAGAUAAUAAUAUGUUUUUUUUUUUGGUACCUUCGUUUUCUACCGGUGCUUAAUUUUUGGCACACACACACAAAAAAAUAUAUAUAUACACACAGUUGUACACAUAUAAUUUUGGUCCUUUCAAACCAACCACCGAGGUGA